AAGUUCAGUUGUAAACAAACACUUUACUUGGAUGAUUGACGAGGACAAAAAGGUUUGAGUGAAAAUUAGAUAUAUUUCGGUUGGAUUUCAACACGAAAACUUGAUCAUUUCCUGGAGCUGCCCACUUUUUGAGCAUCAACAACACUUGCCCAGGGCACACUCAUGAGUGCAGGCUUCAAGAUCCCUAUCCGGAUCGCUUCCAGAAUAUCUACCAAACCUCUCGCACUUCCGUAUAAACCAUCAAUCCUUCUCUCGGGAUAUUUUAAAAGAGGUUAUUGUCAGAACAUAAACAUCAACCCCACUAUCACAAUGACCUCAACCCUCGAAAGCCCCCAGUUCACCAAGCGGGUAGUUGCCGCCAUGCGGGCGCUCUAUCCCGAGCAACUCGCCGACAAAGCCUGGGACAAUGUUGGCCUCCUCCAAGAGAACAUUGCCGUUGCCGGCCAAGACGUCCCGCAAACCGUCCUCUUGACUAACGACCUCACCGUGGCCGUCGCCGAGGAAGCCAUCCGCAAGCGCGCCUCCGUCAUCGUCUCAUACCACCCCUUCAUCUUCCGCGGCCUCAAGUCCGUCACCCUCGCCGACCCCCAGCAGCGCAUCCUCCUGCAGCUCGCUCAGGCCAACAUCGCCGUCUACUCGCCUCACACGGCCGUCGAUGCCGCGCCCGGCGGCAUGAACGACUGGCUAGCCGACAUGCUCGACGGCCACGGCGUCGAGACCAAGCGAAGCAUCUGCCAGCCCAUCUCGAGCUCCAUCACCGCCUCCUUGCCCCCGGCCUUUUUCAACUCCGGCUACGGCCGCCUCGUCGAGCUCGGCCACCCCGUCUACCUCGGCAACAUUAUCAAGGCCUACGCUGAGGGCCUCGGCGGGCUAAACCACAUCAUGAUCGCCGCACCCAAGGACAAGAAGGUCACGACCAUCAGGAGCGUGGGCAUCUGUGCGGGAAGCGGGGCCGACGUGCUCAAAAACUGCGACGCCGAUAUGAUUGUUACCGGCGAGAUGACGCAUCACUAUGCGUUGGCGCUCACUAUGAAGGGGAAAGUGGUCAUGACCGUGUUUCACAGCAACAGCGAGAGGAAGUUUUUGAAAAAGAGGCUGCAGCCACAGUUGCAGGCUCAGUUGGAAAAGGAGGGCGUUAAGCACCCUGAGGUCUUGGUCAGCGAGGAGGAUGCGGAUCCGUUUGAGAUUUGGGAUGUGAGGAAGAUGCCCGCUUGGGCGUUUGGAAAGGACUCGGAGUAGACAGACGUCACCUAGAACAGGUGGUGAAAAUAGAAUGGCGAGAAUUUGACUGUUGCGGUCACUGUCAAUGGACAAUGGGGAUAUGGUACAGUGAUGAACCUGGUCUAGCUGUGGACUGGGAGGCACUGUACGAGAUUGAAGAGUGCUGGAUCUUUGUAUAACCUGGACCUCCCGUUGUUGAGCACUUCAUUUCCCCUGGCAUAGCUGCCGGCUUUGGGUUUCCACAGGAGGAGGCCAAAAGCCAAUCUCAUCGUUCCUGCCCUCUUGCACAUAUGAUCUAGGUAGUGGUACUGAACUCAUCUACAUAAUCCCUUGAUCGGGCAAGCACCCGACACCCUGGCAGAUACUAUCGGGGCAUGGGCUCCGGUGUCCCUUCCGUUCUCGCUGCAGUGCGGUGAACUACGGUCGAAUACUAAAGGCAGAAAAGAGCGAGGGCCGGCUAGGCUAGUUAGUUGUAUCCAGCAGUCCAUCUGUUAGUGACCCUCGUGCUUGAGUACGGU